CAUGUUUCUGACUCAGCAUCAGGAAGUGGGACUUGCUGCCGAAUAAACUACUGUAUAUACCUGUAGUACGCAAGAUCAGCAUAUAUACAUCAACCUCAUCACCACAAACACACUAUCUACAGAAACCAACCAACCUGUUCAACAGCAAUGGAGUGGGACCCAACACAGUUCUUCCGCGACGACGAACCCCCCUCCCCAUUCGCUCUCAUCAUCCUCAACCAGCCAAUCAACGAGACUGCACUUGCACUCCUCCGGAAACACGGUACGCACGUCUCGUCUCUUUCUUCCCUGUCGACCACCGGGAACCCCGUUAACAAAGGACACAGCCCUCCUAACCGUCUGCGCGGAUGGCGGCGCAAACCGGUUCUACGACUGGAUGUCAACGCACAACCGGGAGGGCAGCGAGCUCCCCGACGUGAUAAUCGGCGACCUGGACUCGGUCCGCCCCGCCGUGCGAACACACUACGAGAAUCUCGGCGUGCGCGUGAUCGAAGACGAAGACCAGUACUCGACUGAUUUCACCAAGAGCCUGCGAUACCUCCGCAGCCACGCCGGGGAGAUCCUCUCAUCAUCAUCAUCAUCAUCAUCAUCAUCACCGGGAACACCGAACCGUCUCGAGAUCCUAGUCAUGGGCGGACUCGGCGGCCGAGUCGACCAGGCAUUCUCGCAGAUCCACCAUCUAUAUCUCAUGUCAAGCCUGUACUCUUCUUCUUCUUCUUCUUCUUCGACAGCCCCCGCCGCCGCCACAACAACAACAACAACACAACCGCAAAACCAUCCCGUAACAGGAGACUUAUACCUCAUCUCAGAAGAAAGCAUCACGUUCAUCCUCGCCCGCGGGAAAAACACCAUCCACACACCCAGAACCAACCGGGGAGAUCUCGCGCGGCCGACUCCCCACGAAAAGCAAAACGAAAACGACCCCCCCCCUUUCCUCGAAGAAAACAUCGGCAUCGUACCGCUCUGCGGGCCCGCCCGGAUCACAACCAGGGGGCUCCAAUGGGACGUGGAGAACUGGAGCACGGAGAUCGGCGGGCAACUGAGCACGAGCAACCAUAUCCGGAGCGAGAGGGUGGAGAUUGAAUCGGACGUGGCGGUGCUGUUUACGUUGGAGUUGGCGGGGAGGUUGAAGAGGGUGCAGAAUCGGUAGGAGGAUGUCUUUCUCUUUCUAUCGUGUAUAUAUAUUUAUUAGAUAGACCUGAGUUAUGCUGCGUUAACUACUCUGUAGAUACACAGAUCACUCCCAAGUUUACUUGCACGGCAUGUACUGGAUUGAAAUUUCAAGGAUAAAA